AUGUCUUACCCGAUACCAAUUGUUGGAGACGUUCACUAUCUCAAGUAUCUUGUCCUGCAAAUUGAUAAGAUCAAGUACUUGAGGGAAGGAAGGGUCGCAUUACGGGCCCCGCUGCUUUAUGCCACCAUUAGACGUAGUCGCAUCCGGCUGCGCGAUUUACCAUUAGUGCUGCUAAUGCUCCCAUUACCGGGUGCGGGAGGGGGCGGCCCCCUGCAGCAUCUGGUGCUUGUUUUAGGUAAUUUAUGGGCUGCGUCAACAAGGCCCGACCGCCCGGGAAAGUUAGCCGUGGCGUGCAUGCGUCUUGUUGCACGCGAGUUAUGGCGGACGCCUACGCAGCGUGGAGUCGCCCGUUCUCUGCGCCAGCGCCAUUGCUCCACUCCCCGCGCUCCAGAGAUGAAUUGCCCAUUCAAUCAAGUUGUAGAUCUGGGGCGAUAUUUUACGAUACACACGGAAACGUCCGGC